UAAUAACUAAAAACAAAAAGACUUGGAAAAGCAAGUCUACUUCAGUUCAGCUUCUGGUCUUCAUUCAAGCUGCUUUCGCCAUUGCUGAAUCCCCAAAGCUCCCAAACCCCCAACACAGCCGGUUCAAGUCAAAGAGAGUCUCAAGCUACUGCUCCAAAAGGUGAAAGAAAGGAGAAGGAAAAUCAAGAAACCAAGGGAAGGAUAUGGUUAACUUAAUCCCAACCGUAAUCAAGAAUUUCUAUGAUAAAUGGAAUGUUCAAGGUUUCAUUCUAGCCAGCCUCUCACUGCAGACAAUUCUAAUUCUGUUUGCACCAUUCAGAAAACGAACAGGAAACGUGAUGAUAAUAUGGCUGAUCUGGUCAGCUUAUUUAAUGGCUGAUUGGGCUGCUAACUUUGCAGUCGGACUUAUUUCCAAUAGUCAAGACAAUUCGUUGAAACCUGAUCGUGAAGACAUUCUGGCAUUUUGGGCUCCCUUUCUUUUGUUACACCUUGGUGGUCCAGAUACUAUAACUGCUUUUGCUCUGGAGGAUAACGCUCUCUGGCUAAGGCACUUGGUUGGGCUUGUAACCCAGGUUUCUGCAGCUGUUCUUGUCUUCGGCCAAUCCCUUCCUGAAAACAACUUAUGGGUCCCUACUGUCCUUUUGUUUGCCGCUGGAACCAUCAAGUAUGGAGAGCGAACGCGUGCUUUAUUUCUUGCAAACCUGAAUAGAUUCCGGGAAUCCAUGCUUAAAGCACCUGACCCAGGGCCUAACUAUGCAAAACUUAUGGAGGAAUACUCUUCAAAAAAAGACGCCAGACUCCCAACUAAUAUAGAAUUGAUACCAGAACCUAAUAAAGAUUCCAAGACUGCACGAUAUGCAGCCGAUGAGAAGGUUCUGGAUGUUCUUGCAGCAGUGAGACAUGCUUAUCACUUCUUUGAAAUCUUUAAGGGUCUCAUCGUGGAUCUCAUCUUUAGUUUUCGCGAGCGCGACGAGAGCCGACUGUUUUUCCAGAAGAGAACCCCGGAAGAUGCCUUUAAAGUGCUUGCGGUUGAACUCAACUUUAUGUAUGAAGUUCUCUAUACGAAGGUUGUCGUGGUGCAUUCAAUGUUUGGAUACUUUGUUCGGUUUGUAUCCUGGUGUGCGGUUGUGGCGGCCCUUUUAACCUUUUAUUCAUUGGAUAAGCGUAUUUUUCGCAAGAUUGACAUUGGAAUUACCUAUACCUUGCUCUUUGGUGCCAUAGCCUUGGAUACAAUUGCUCUCUUUAUGCUGGCUUUCUCUGAUUGGACUGCUGCUUCCAUCCAGAGCUUGUCGACAGAAAAUAGAUGGAAAAAAUUCUGGAAAGCUUCUAUAGACAGAUGCUUCCUCCCUCUCCUCAAAUACUUUCUCAUUCUCAAGAAGAUAAACUGGUGCACAAAUACAGAAUCAACGACAAAUACAGAAUCAACAAGUUGGUUGGGACGAGCUAGACAAAUCCUAUGCAGUUGGUUGGAACGACCUAGACAAAUCCUAUUCCGGAGGUGGUCUGAAUCUCUACAUCAAUACAACUUGAUAGAAUACUGUUUGAAAGAACGUAUUGAACCUAUAUGGGUUUAUCCCAUUGUGGAAUUGGGUCUUAAGGAUUUCUAUGAUUGGAUGAUUUACGUUUCCAAGGAACCAUUUACAAAAGAGCUAUGGGUUUUCAUCUUUGGUCAGCUGAAAAAGAAAUCUGAACUUGCAGAUGAUCCUGACACUGCGAAGAGGAUAUGUUCAGCUCGAGGUGAUUGGGUUCUACAGGAUAGUGAUUGGAAUGGUGGUAGUAAUAAGUUGAUGUUUUAUGUUGUUGAUGUUGAUUAUGAUCAGAGCCUCAUAAUUUGGCAUGUUGCUACAGAACUCUGCUAUAAUACGGAUAAAGAUGAAGACAACAACAAUGUCGGUGAUUAUCGUGAAUUUUGUAAGAUCCUCUCGGAUUAUAUGCUAUAUCUGCUAGUUAUGCAGCCUACUAUGAUGUCUGCUGUAGCAGGUAUUGGCCAAAUAAGAUUUCGUGAUACCUGUGCCGAGGCCAAACAAUUCUUCAUCAGAAAGAAUCUACGACAAGGAAGACUAGAAAAAGAAGAUAAGCAACAUGCGUGUAAAAUGAUCCUUGAAGUAAAUACUGAUGUCAAACCUGUUGAUUUAAAGGGUGAUAGAAGCAAAUCUGUGCUUUUUGAUGCAUGCAUUCUCGCCAAAAAUCUAAAAGAGUUGAAGGGAGAGAAAUGGAAGCUAAUGUGUGAAGUGUGGGUUGAAUUGUUGUCUUAUGCUGCAAGCCAUUGCAGGGCCAAUUCUCAUGCUGCUCAAUUAAGCAAAGGAGGAGAACUUAUCACGUUUGUCUGGUUAUUAAUGGCUCAUUUUGGCAUUGGGGAUCAGUUCCAAAUAAAUGAGGGCCAUGCAAGAGCAAAGCUGAUUGUGGGAUGGAUUGAAGACUUUGAUGUUCUUAUGGAUGCCUUCCCUUUUUUAUUUCUAAGCUAUGGAUGCUUGCCUUGUUAUGAGUGAAGUGGAAAUGUUGACAUGUUUACGGGUGUAUUGGUACAACUUUUACUUCCUUCAAAAAGGAUAUAACUUAUUGGUCUCCACUGACUAGAUUGGGCUAUAAGUUUUUGCACUUUGGUUAAACCCUUUUUGGGGUGGAGCUUCACUUGGCCCAAAUGAAAUAAAAACCCUUAAAAAUGGGUUGAUGUGGACUCA